AUGUUUCGUCUAAGCAUUCUGAUCGCCAUCGGCUUGGCCACUUCGGCUCUCGGGUGGAUUAAGGUUCCCGAUAAUUAUCCUGGACGCAUCGUAGGCGGUCAAGAUGCGGCACCGAACCAGUUUCCGUACCAAGCGUCUUUAAGGCGUGCUUCCAUGGAUCAUUUCUGUGGCGGAACGAUCAUCAACAACUGUUACAUUUUGUCGGCGGCUCACUGUGACCCGGAGGCAACAAACACCAAAUUUGUAGUGGUGGGAUCAAUUUUCCUAGACAAUGGAGGCGCUACACACGAUGUGGUUCGGGUCAUCAACCAUCCAGAUUACGUUGUGGAUACUUUCGAAAACGAUAUUAAUUUGGUGAAAGUGAGUCCAUACAUUAUAUACAACGCGGCGGUGCAACCGAUGCCGAUUGCAGCACAUUAUGCAGAGAGUGGUGAGGCCGUUCUUUCUGGCUGGGGAAGUACUGAGACGGAUGGCCCCUCUCCAAAUCAUCUGCAAUUCUUACCCACACCGAUAAUUUCAAAUGAAGAGUGUACUGAAAAUACAUCAGGGAAUUUUCCAGUAUUGGAAUCAAACAUAUGUACUCUCAAUCCAGAAGGUGAAGGAGCUUGUUCUGGAGAUUCAGGUGGCCCACUGGUAUAUAACGGAGGAUUACAUGGGGUAGUUUCAUGGGGGCCAAGACCAUGUGGCGAUCCUCGUCCCAAUGUUUAUGCUCGGGUGGCCUAUUUUGUCAGCUGGAUUCUUGCUAAUGCGGUUUAA